CCUCUCGGCUCGCAGCCGCCUCAGGUGUCCUCCGCCUCCAAGUCCAAGACGACACCUUGGCAACGCGGGGCGGGCUCCCUCCGCCGGCCAAGCCUCGGGUAACUAACAGCCGGAGCGUCAGAAUCAUCGCCCCAGCCCCUUCCCAGGUGCGGGAGGGGAGGUGAGGCGAGGCGCGGCGGGCCCGCAAGGCUCCUGCGCUCCAGCCCGGGAACACCUGGUGCUACCUGAGCGGCAGGUGCGUGGCCCUCUUUCGCUCCCGCCCGCGCGUCCCCUGCCCGCCGCGCCGCGGCCUCCCCCGCCCCGCGUGCCCGUGUUCGCGCACGCGCACGCCGCCCUCGGCGCUGUCAUGGCGGCGGGGAGCGGCUCCGGUGGGCACAGGGGCAGCAGCGCGAGCCGUGGCCGGGCGAGCCGUGCCAGUCACACCCCCAGCCCCGGCAGCCUCCUGGGCCGCAGCCUCCGCAGCGCCGGCAGCGGUUACUUUUGCAGUGCGCAGGGGUGGGCGGGCCAGGAAGCCUCGGAGUUCCGUGCAGCCGCGGGCUCCCGGGGAGCGGACUAGGGAAACUUGGAGGCUGCGACCAGGUGCACCAAGCUCGGUGCCUCCGCCGCCGCCCUUGCCGCGGCCUCCGGGCACCCCCACCCCCAACUCACACCGCCCUUCCGCGCCCCCGUCGGAGCUCAGGUGCCCGAGAGGUGCUCCACUCCUCCCCCUGGGCCGAGCGAGGAGCCCGAUCACCGCCCCCUGCCCCCGCCUUUUCCUGUCCUAGAUCUCCGCCGCCACCGGCGUCGCGCGGCUCUUUGCCGGGGGACGAGGACGGGCUCGGAGAAUCGGGGUGAGGAGGAACUUUCCACCUCUCGGUAGCCUGGGGUGGGGGGCUCCCUUGGCCCCCCCUCGGUUGCCAGCGCCUCGUCCUCGGUGUGCACCUGCGGGCAGAGGUGGCCUGCACUGGGAACCUGCGAGAGUGGGGGAGGAGUGAACCUGCCGGGGCCUCGGGAGCCGCCUUCUCCCUGAACCCCGCUUCCCGGAGCCCGGCGCGGGGCAGGGGCGGGGGGCGGUCAAGUAACUUAGCGGACAGACAGGAACUAUUCCUCCUUCGCUCCCAGCCAGAAGAAGAAGAAAAAAAGCCCCUCAAACAGAACCUAGCCUAUUUAACAUAUAUCUAAUCUUCCAAUAGGGUUUGGCGUUGUUGUCAGCCUCGGGGAGAGAGAUUGGACAAAUAUUCUCCAAGAGGAGGAGGGCGACGUCAAGGACUUUCCACCUCAACUGCUUUUGGGGUUACUCCACAACUUGCAAGAGUGACCCUUGUCGGUUUUGUUUCUUUUCUUUUUGGCGUGUGUGCGGUGCUCUUGGUUAGUGCAGCCACCGCGACCCCAGUGUGACUCCAGAGUUGUCCUCUGUGUGGACUAGCCAUGGCUAGCGAAGACGGGAAUGUCCCUUCCCCAUCACCAACAGGUGAUGACGGGGGAGGGGGAGGAAAAGGGAAAGGAGAAGAAUCCCCAGCUGAAGGCUGUGCAUUGUCCCUGAAACCUGGACUCCCCAUCAGGGGCAUCCGGAUGAAAUUUGCAGUGCUAACCGGGCUGGUUGAAGUUGGAGAAGUAUCCAAUAGGGAUAUAGUCGAAACGGUCUUUAACCUGCUUGUUGGAGGCCAGUUUGAUUUGGAAAUGAACUUCAUUAUCCAAGAAGGUGAGAGUAUCACGUGCAUGGUAGAUCUGUUGGAAAAAUGUGACAUUACUUGCCAAGCAGAGGUCUGGAGUAUGUUUACAGCUAUCCUGAAGAAAAGCAUCCGUAAUCUUCAAGUCUGCACUGAAGUAGACCUAGUUGAAAAAGUGCUUGGUAAAAUUCAAAACGUUGACAACAUGAUAGCAGAUCUUUUAGUUGACAUGUUGGGAGUGCUGGCUAGCUAUAAUUUGACAGUUCGAGAACUAAAGCUAUUCUUCAGUAAACUUCAAGGAGAUAAAGGACAAUGGCCUCCACAUGCUGGAAAAUUGUUGUCUGUGUUAAAGCAUAUGCCUCAGAAGUAUGGUCCUGAUUCCUUUUUCAACUUUCCUGGAAAGAGUGCUGCAGCAAUUGCAUUACCUCCUAUAGCCAAGUGGCCAUACCAGAAUGGUUUUACAUUUCAUACCUGGCUUAGAAUGGAUCCUGUUAAUAACAUCAACGUGGAUAAAGACAAGCCAUAUUUAUACUGUUUCAGAACCAGCAAAGGUCUUGGUUAUUCUGCUCACUUUGUUGGUGGCUGCUUGAUUAUAACAUCAAUAAAGUCAAAAGGAAAAGGCUUUCAACACUGUGUGAAAUUUGACUUUAAACCACAGAAGUGGUAUAUGGUCACUAUAGUGCACAUUUAUAAUCGGUGGAAGAACAGUGAGCUUCGAUGUUACGUGAAUGGUGAGCUUGCUUCCUAUGGAGAGAUAACGUGGUUUGUCAAUACCAGUGAUACCUUUGACAAAUGUUUCCUGGGUUCAUCAGAAACAGCAGAUGCUAAUAGAGUAUUCUGUGGUCAGAUGACCGCAGUUUACCUUUUUAGUGAAGCUCUUAAUGCUGCUCAAAUUUUUGCCAUUUACCAGUUGGGCCUGGGAUAUAAGGGCACAUUUAAAUUCAAAGCAGAAAGUGACCUCUUCCUUGCUGAGCAUCAUAAACUUUUGUUGUAUGAUGGCAAGCUCUCUAGUGCCAUCGCAUUCACAUACAAUGCCCGUGCUACAGAUGCCCAGCUCUGCCUCGAAUCAUCCCCUAAGGACAAUCCUUCCAUUUUUGUUCAUUCACCGCAUGCACUCAUGCUCCAGGAUGUGAAAGCAGUUUUAACACAUUCCAUCCAGAGUGCUAUGCAUUCAAUUGGAGGCGUGCAAGUGCUGUUUCCACUUUUUGCACAGUUGGAUUAUAGGCAAUAUUUAUCUGAUGAGGUUGACUUGACUAUAUGUUCAACACUGCUGACUUUCAUUAUGGAGCUGUUGAAGAAUUCGAUUGCUAUGCAGGAGCAGAUGCUGGCCUGCAAGGGCUUCUUGGUAAUAGGGUAUAGUCUUGAAAAGUCUUCCAAAUCCCAUGUCAGCAGAGCCGUACUUGAACUUUGCCUUGCAUUUUCAAAGUAUCUGAGUAAUCUGCCAAAUGGGAUGCCCCUACUUAAGCAAUUGUGUGAUCACAUUCUUCUUAACCCAGCUAUAUGGAUUCAUACUCCAGCCAAGGUUCAGCUGACACUUUACACAUACCUGUCCACAGAAUUCAUCAGUACAGUCAACAUAUAUAAUGCUAUUCGGAGAGUCGGCACGGUGCUUCUCAUCAUGCAUACACUCAAGUACUACUACUGGGCAGUGAAUCCUCAAGAUAGAAGUGGUAUCACCCCAAAAGGACUAGAUGGACCACGACCUAAUCAAAAAGAAGUACUUUCUCUGCGUGCAUUCUUGUUAAUGUUCAUUAAGCAAUUAGUGAUGAAGGAUUCUGGAGUCAAGGAAGAUGAGCUACAAGCCAUUCUUAAUUACCUGCUUACUAUGCAUGAGGAUGACAAUCUAAUGGAUGUCCUGCAGCUGCUUGUUGCAUUAAUGGCAGAACACCCUAACUCUAUGAUUCCUGCAUUUGACCAAAGAAAUGGGUUACGUGUUAUCUAUAAACUUUUGGCAUCAACAAGUGAAGGGAUCAGAGUACAAGCUCUCAAGGCACUGGGCUACUUUUUAAAACACUUGGCCCCAAAAAGAAAAGCUGAAGUCAUGCUUGGGCAUGGAUUAUUCUCAUUGCUAGCUGAAAGACUUAUGCUUCAGACAAGUUUAAUCACAAUGACCACAUAUAAUGUCCUGUUUGAGAUUCUCAUAGAACAGAUUUGUACUCAAGUGAUACAUAAACAGCAUCCAGAUCCUGACUCUUCAGUAAAGAUACAAAACCCUCAAAUACUAAAAGUAAUUGCAACACUGCUUCGAAAUUCUCCCCAGUGUCCAGAGAGCAUGGAAGUUCGCAGAGCCUUUCUUUCUGACAUGAUUAAACUAUUUAAUAACAGCAGGGAAAACAGAAGGAGCUUGCUACAGUGUUCUGUGUGGCAAGAGUGGAUGCUUUCUCUCUGCUAUUUUAAUCCUCAAAAUUCAGAUGAACAAAAGAUAACAGAAAUGGUCUAUGCCAUUUUCAGAAUUCUGCUUUACCAUGCAGUCAAAUAUGAGUGGGGUGGCUGGCGUGUGUGGGUGGACACAUUAUCAAUCACACAUUCAAAGGUCACUUUUGAAAUACAUAAAGAAAACCUUGCCAAUAUAUUUAGGGAACACCAGGGGAAAGUUGAUGAAGAAAUAGAGCAAUGUUCUUCAAGUGUAGUUCAAGCAGUGUCUGACAUUAGAAUGGAUGUUAAUGUUUCAGUAGGAUCACAGCAGUCAGAUAUGAAGGAGCCUCCUUCGUCUUUUCAUAUCACUGGAAAUAGUGAUGAAAAGUCAAGCAUUGAGCAGACAAGUUCAGUAUACUCUGCACUAAAUAGUGAGCUGCAGACACAGAAUACAUCCAAUGAAGAAAGGAAAACCGGACAAGAAAACCAGGAGUUACUGGAUGAAAUAGCUUUAGAGGAAACAAGCGACAUAAUGGAUGUAGGUGAUUUGGAAGUGUCUUCUGUUACUGUUUCCUCUAAUUCUUUUACAACAACCGACAAAGAUAGAAUGACUGUCAGUGAAGUAACUGCAUCCAUAAGUUCUCCUUCAGAAGAGGAUGCUUCAGAAGUACCAGAACUGCUGGACAAGUCUAUUGUAGAAGAUGAUGAUGACGACUAUGUGGAACUGAAGGUAGAAAGUAAUCCUACUGAGGAAAUCAGUUCACCCACAGAGCUUCAAGAUAAUAGUUUGUCUCCAGCUGUAUCUGAAGCCGGCGAGAGUCUGGACAUAGUCAGUGAUGACCACAGAUUAACAUUUCAGGAGGAAGAGAUGGUAAAUAAGAAGCAAACUGACCAUGAAACGCAAGAUUCUAGAGAUUCUGGUAUCUCAGCAAUGACAUCAGGGUCUUCAGCUACCUCUCCAGACCUAACUACUUCACAAACAGCUGUACAGUCAGACACUUGUCAGGCGCCUGAGGAAGGAAAGACAACAACCAGAGAAACCAAGGUAGUUAAUGAGACUCAGGGCAACAACUCUGAGUCUGCUUCUGAGCAAAGGAUCGCUAAGUUGGAUGUCUCCAGUGUUGCCACAGAUACCGAGAGACUGGAAUUGAAAGCCAGCACUAAUGUAGAAACAUCUCAACCUCAUCAGCCCAUGCUUGAGACAUCGAGGCAGCAGGAGCACCCAGGGCAAGGAAUGGCACCAGGUGCUGUUAACGGACAAAGAAGGGAUUCCAGAUCUACUAUGUUCCGUAUUCCUGAGUUUAAAUGGUCUCCGAUGCAUCAGCGUUUGCUCACUGAUCUAUUAUUUUCAAUAGAAACAGACAUACAGAUGUGGAGAAGUCAUUCAACGAAGACAGUUAUGGACUUCGUGAAUAGCAGUGAUAAUGUCAUCUUUGUACACAACACAGUUCAUCUCAUCUCUCAAGUGACGGACAAUAUGGUCAUGGCUUGUGGGGGGAUACUGCCAUUGCUUUCAGCUGCUACUUCAGCUACACAUGAGCUGGAGAAUAUUGAACCGACUCAAGGCCUUUCAAUUGAAGCCUCUCUGACGUUUUUGCAGAGGCUUAUCAGCCUUGUGGAUGUCCUUGUAUUUGCAAGUUCUCUUGGCUUUACUGAAAUUGAAGCUGAGAAAAACAUGUCAUCUGGAGGAAUUCUGCGGCAGUGUCUCCGACUGGUAUGUGCAGUGGCAGUAAGGAAUUGCUUGGAGUGUCAGCAGCAUUCACAGCUGAAAACUAGAGGAGAUACAGUGAAAGGGCAGAAAGCAAUACCCAGCCUGAUUCCCAUGGGGAGAUCUGUGGCAAAGAGCCCACUGGACAUUAUAACUGGUGCCGUAUCUCCAGUAAGAGAUCUUGACAGACUCCUUCAAGACAUGGACAUUAAUCGACUUAGGGCAGUUGUCUUCAGAGACAUAGAGGAUAGCAAACAAGCUCAAUUUUUGGCUUUGGCGGUUGUGUAUUUUAUCUCUGUUCUUAUGGUCUCAAAGUACAGAGACAUUCUGGAAUCUCAAAAUGAAAGAUGUAGCCAGGAAACUGGUAGUGAAAGUGGCAAUUUAUCACUCUCUGAUGUAGAGAAAACACCAUCAAUGUCCAACCCUGGCACUCCAGCAUCUCUGGGAGAGUCGGGAAGCACAUCAUGUGCUCCAAGGAGGGACUCAGGCAUCAGGGAUGAGACGGCUCAUGCUUCAGGACACAGCGCGGAUGCUGCUCCUCAGGCAGCACCUCCAGAUGUCAUCGCAGGCCCAGAUGCAAUCAGUGAGGUGCUGUGCACUCUGUCUUUAGAAGUCAAUAAAUCUCAGGAAACUAAACAUGAUGGAGGAAACGAGCUGGAAAACAGGGGUGCAUCAUCACUUCCAGUUUCAAAAAAUGUCAAUGUGAAAGACAUUCUUCGAAGUUUGGUUAACAUCCCAGCGGAUGGAGUCACAGCGGAUCCCGCCCUCCUGCCACCAGCUUGCCUUGGCACCCUUAGCGACCUGUCUGUUGAACAGCCCGUGCAGUUCAGAUCUUUUGACAGGAGUGUUGUCAUUGCAACAAAAAAGUCAGCAGUCUUACCUUCCUUGCCUACUUCAAGUCUGCCUGCAAAUGCUGUCAGUGUGGUCUCUUCAGUGGAUUCAGCCCAAGCCUCAGAUGGGGGAGGAGAAUCACCUGGCAGUCGGUCAUCUAAUGCAAAAUUGCCCUCAGUUCCAACGGUUGGUUCAGUUCCACAAGACCAAGUUUCAAAUAUGAGUAUUACAGAGAGACUUGAACAUGCUUUGGAAAAAGCAGCUCCUCUUCUGCGAGAGAUCUUUGUGGAUUUUGCACCUUUUCUUUCUCGGACACUUUUGGGUAGCCACGGGCAAGAACUACUUAUAGAAGGAACAAGUCUGGUUUGCAUGAAGUCUAGUAGUUCAGUUGUGGAAUUGGUUAUGCUCCUGUGUUCUCAGGAGUGGCAGAAUUCUAUUCAGAAGAAUGCAGGCCUUGCUUUUAUUGAACUUGUCAAUGAAGGAAGGUUACUUAGUCAAACAAUGAAGGAUCAUCUAGUACGAGUAGCAAAUGAAGCUGAAUUUAUCCUGAGCAGGCAGAGAGCAGAGGAUGUUCACAGACAUGCAGAAUUUGAGUCACUGUGUGCACAGUAUUCUGCUGACAAACGAGAAGAAGAGAAGAUGUGUGAUCAUUUGAUAAGAGCAGCUAAAUAUCGAGACCAUGUGACAGCUACUCAACUAAUCCAGAAAAUUAUCAACAUUCUCACAGACAAACAUGGAGCCUGGGGAAAUUCUGCAGUAAGUCGUCCUCGUGAGUUCUGGCGCCUUGACUACUGGGAAGAUGACUUGCGGCGCCGGCGACGAUUUGUGCGUAACCCUCUAGGAUCCACACAUCCUGAAGCGACACUAAAAACAGCCGUGGAACAUGCUGCAGAUGAAGAUAUCCUUGCUAAAGGAAAACAGUCCAUCAAAAGUCAGGCCUUAGGAAAUCAGAACUCAGAAAAUGAGAGCCUCCUGGAAGGUGACGAUGAUACUCUAUCAUCCGUGGAUGAGAAAGAUUUGGAGAAUCUCACCGGUCCUGUUAGCCUGAGCACACCAGCCCAGCUUGUGGCCCCCUCUGUUGUAGUAAAGGGCACUCUCUCUGUCACCUCCUCUGAACUCUAUUUUGAGGUGAAUGAAGAGGACCCUAACUUCAAGAAAAUCGACCCCAAGAUCCUGGCAUAUACAGAAGGACUGCAUGGAAAAUGGCUGUUCACAGAGAUCCGAUCUAUCUUUUCACGUCGUUACCUUUUGCAAAAUACAGCCCUUGAGAUCUUUAUGGCCAAUAGAGUUGCUGUAAUGUUCAACUUCCCAGACCCUGCAACAGUAAAAAAAGUGGUUAACUAUCUACCUCGUGUUGGUAUUGGGACCAGUUUUGGAUUGCCUCAAACCAGGCGUAUUUCAUUAGCUAGUCCACGUCAACUUUUCAAAGCUUCUACUAUGACCCAGCGAUGGCAACACAGGGAGAUUUCAAAUUUUGAGUACUUGAUGUUUCUCAAUACAAUAGCAGGGCGGAGCUACAAUGACCUAAAUCAGUACCCAGUGUUUCCUUGGGUCAUCACAAAUUAUGAGUCAGAAGAACUGGAUCUUACCUUGCCAAGUAACUUUAGAGAUUUGUCAAAGCCAAUAGGAGCUUUGAAUCCCAAAAGAGCAGCAUUUUUUGCAGAACGCUUUGAAUCAUGGGAAGAUGACCAAGUUCCAAAGUUCCACUAUGGCACUCAUUACUCAACUGCAAGUUUUGUUCUUGCAUGGCUGCUGAGAAUAGAACCCUUCACAACUUACUUUCUAAAUUUGCAAGGAGGGAAAUUUGAUCAUGCAGAUCGAACUUUUUCAUCAGUUUCCAGAGCUUGGCGAAAUAGCCAGCGUGAUACAUCCGACAUUAAGGAGUUGAUCCCUGAGUUUUAUUAUCUCCCUGAGAUGUUUGUCAACUUCAAUAACUAUAAUCUUGGAGUGAUGGAUGAUGGGACAGUAGUGUCUGAUGUUGAACUUCCUCCUUGGGCCAAAACCUCUGAAGAAUUUGUUCGCAUCAACAGAUUGGCCCUGGAGAGUGAAUUUGUUUCCUGCCAGCUUCACCAGUGGAUUGAUCUUAUUUUUGGCUAUAAACAGCAAGGACCAGAGGCUGUUCGAUCCCUCAAUGUAUUCUACUACUUGACCUAUGAAGGAGCUGUCAACCUGAAUUCAAUAGCUGAUCCUGUCCUGAGAGAGGCUGUGGAGGCUCAAAUCAGAAGUUUUGGGCAAACGCCGUCUCAGCUGCUCAUAGAGCCCCAUCCUCCCAGAGGUUCUGCCAUGCAGGUGAGUCCACUGAUGUUCACAGAGCAAGCCCAGCAGGAUGUUAUCAUGGUCCUGAAGUUCCCCUCCAACUCUCCUGUCACUCACGUGGCAGCCAACACCCAACCUGGUCUGGCGAUUCCUGCUGUGAUCACAGUCACUGCUAACAGGCUAUUUGCUGUGAACAAGUGGCACAACCUUCCUGCUCAUCAAGGUGCUGUACAAGACCAGCCAUACCAGCUGCCAGUGGAAAUCGAUCCUCUCAUAGCCAGCAAUGCAGGAAUGCACAGGAGGCAGAUCACUGAUCUCUUAGACCAGAGCAUUCGAGUCCAUCCCCAGUGCUUUGUCAUCACUUCAGAUAGCCGCUGUAUUCUCAUCUGUGGCUUCUGGGAUAAGAGUUUCCGAGUUUAUUCUACAGACACAGGAAAAUUGAUCCAAGUGGUGUUUGGCCAUUGGGAUGUCGUCACUUGCCUCACUCGUUCUGAGUCAUAUAUUGGGGGAAAUUGCUACAUUCUCUCAGGGUCACGUGAUGCAACCCUCCUGCUCUGGUACUGGAAUGGAAAAAGCAGUGGGAUUGGAGAUAAUCCUGGCAGUGAGACCACUACUCCCCGGGCCAUUUUGACAGGACACGACUAUGAGAUCACCUGUGCUGCCAUCUGCGCUGAGCUGGGCCUGGUGCUGAGUGGCUCUAAAGAAGGACCGUGCCUCAUACAUUCCAUGAAUGGAGACCUGUUGAGGACUUUGGAGGGGCCUGAGAACUGCCUGAAGCCCAAACUCCUUCAGGCCUCCAGAGAAGGCCACUGUGUCAUAUUCUAUGAAAAUGGCUGCUUCUGUACCUUCAGUGUGAAUGGAAAACUCCAGGCCACGAUGGAAACAGAUGACAAUAUAAGGGCCAUCCAGCUGAGUCGGGACGGGCAGUACCUGCUCACAGGAGGAGACAAUGGUGUGGUUAUGGUCUGGCAGGUGUCCGACCUCAAGCACCUCUUUGCCUAUCCAGGCUGUGAUGCCGGAAUCCGGGCCAUGGCCCUAUCUUACGACCAGAGGUGCAUCAUUUCUGGCAUGGCCUCAGGAAGCAUCGUCCUGUUCUACAACGACUUCAACCGGUGGCAUCACGAAUACCAGACCCGCUACUGAUAGUGACAGCUGACCACAACGAUCCCAUCUGAAUGUAACUUAAAUGUGCUCAAAGGAGCAAAAUAUUUUUUAAAGUUAAUUGCUAUUUUUGUAGAAUUUGCUUGACUUUUUUGAGGGGGAAGAGCAAAGCAGAAAAUUGGCUGCUGGGUUCUGUAGUUUAAAAAAAAAAUCUAUAUUUUUAGUUAUAAUAAGUCUAUUUUCACCAAUUGUGAAAACACAGUGGGACUAGUAAACCUAGUUAUUCUAGCUCCAUCAUGGAAAAACACUUCCCAUACAUCUAUAAUCUUGAGAAAUAUGUGAUUUUUUGGCAGGGGGAUU